AUGUUUGUUUAUUUACAAGCAAGUCCAUUUGUUGAACAAGAGAUCAUUGAUUUUUCUCUUUCAUUACAUUACAAACAAAUCUGUACGUUCAGAAAUAAAACUAUGACAGAUAAAAAAAUUUCAACAACCAUCAAUUCAAAUGACGGAACAAAUAAAAUAGUUGAAAAAUAUCUCAAAGAAAGCGAUAAUGAAGAAGAUAGUGUAACAACAACAACAACAAUAACAGCAGCAACAGUAUCAACUUCCGUUUCACAGCAAUUUGCCAGUCAAUUGGAAGGUUUUAUUGAGUCUGAUGAAGAAGAAACUGCAGUACCUGCUUCAGCUCAAAGUCUUGGUAUUCGUGCACAAAAAAAAUUACUAAGUAAAAUUUCAUCAAAAUCAGUUGUUAAAGUUUUUAUUGAUGACACUAGUAGUCAUGUAUUAGACAAUUUACAUAAAUUAAUACGUGCUUAUUCAGAUAGUAAAAAAGAAGCUGACAAAUUACUUAAAUCAAUAAUAAAAACAAUUGUUAAAUUGGAUUUUCGUAGUCGUUUUCAUUCAUUAUCAAAAGCAAUUGUUACAUUUUAUGAAGUUGAUUUUACAUUUGAUCGUGUUUUUUUAACACGUAUGUGUAAAGAAUGUCAAGAUUUAACACAUAAAAUUAUAUCAACACAUUUAACACAAAAAUCUCAUAUACGUAUUGAUUAUAUAUUUAAUUAUUUAUCAAAUUUACAAUUUAUUGAAUAUGUUUUUAAUUCAAAUUCAACGGCAACUCGUGCAAUUAUUAAAGAAAUUGUUCAAGAUAUGAAUUCAUUAAUGGAUGCUGGACUACUAUGA